AUGUCGCAAUUCGGCGCACCGCCUCCCCUCUCGCCACUGUCAAUGAGCAGCAACGAAUCCUCCUUUGUUGGAAGAUACGGCAGUCUCUCCAACUCCGCCAUCGCAACUCCCAUCGCUGACGCUCCAUACACCGGCGGCCCGUAUGGCGCAGCACGUCCGGCUCCCCAGAAGUCCCCACCUUCCUCACAGCACCCCAGCAGCUCUACCGAUAUGUCGCGACCCUCUGCCAGCGGGAGCAGCGUGAGCGGAAACCGCCCCCCUUCCUCCGCGAGCUCCGUGGGCAUGUCCACCGAUGGACGCAUGGGAUUCGCAAAGCCGUCCGAUCGCGACAGCACCAGGAGUCACAUGAGACCUGACGGAGAAGAGGCGCUGUCGCGACACUAUGCCGCCCUGAAGAGCUACUUGCAGGUGCACUUGCAGGAUGAGAAGGGCAACAUCAGGCCGAAUAGGGCUCGGGAUAAGCUGUUGCGGCUCUCGGUCACGCAGUUUAUGGAAUUGAGUACCGACGUGUACGACGAGCUGAUACGGAGAGAGGACGAGCGGACACAGCGAGUGGACAAUGUACCGCGUUUCCUCUUGCCCAAACAGCAUUUCCACCCGAAGCGAAAUCAAGCGCGGCAGAAGCUCUCCACCCUCCCGACCGAGCGAUUCAGGCAAUUGGCAACAGACGUCUUUUACGAAUUGGAACGAAGGUUACCUCGGAUUGCAGGAGGCGAGAUGGGCAGACCGGGAAGCACAACGAGUAAUGCGAGUAAUCGAAGUAGAGCGGCCAGUCGAGCAGGUGGAAUGCGUCCGCCUGCGCCCGGGUAUGGAUAUCCUCCUGGACCGCCAGGCCCUGGCAGAGGGAGAAAUUAUCCUCCUGGGCCGCCCGGCGCGUAUGGACCACCUGGCGCACGAAGGCCCAGUGAAGCGGGCUCGAUUGGGAGACCGCUACCUAAGCAUUUGCAGAGCAACACAAUAAUUCCCAACAAGGGCACAAUGGUCGAGGAUGACGAUGAGGAUGACGAGGAUGCUUUUGGGCUUGAACAUGUGGAGUCCGGCCCGAGUGAAAAGGGCAGCGCGGAAGAUCGGGAGAAGAUCCAAGCCCAAGAAGAAGAGAUCUCUCAGCUGAGGGAGAAGCUUGAAGAGCUGGAAACACGACUUGCGGAGAAAGAGCGCGAGCUCGAGAAUGCGCCAACCGCCGAGGAGAAGAGUGAGUGGGUGGCGCUGCGAGAAGAGCUGGAACAGAAGGCCCUUGAAGCCCAGGAGCUGAAUGAGAGUCUGGAGCAAGAACUCGCUGCGUACAAGUCGAAAUCGAAAGACGAUGAUGAGAUUCGAAAUCAGCACGAUCACAACCUGCAGCUCUUGCGAGACCAGCUUCAAUCGCAUCAGGCCCUUAUCGAGUCGCAUCAAUCCGAGAACUCCGAUCUCAAGCGACAAUUACAGGCUGAGAAGGGCAAUGCCAAUGCCGCCGAGCGCAUUCAAGCACUGGAAGAGGAGCUGGCUCAGCAGGAGAAGAUCUCCAACGAGGUGCGAGAGGAGGCAACAACGUACUUGCGAGAGAUGCGAGAUCUCAGCCGGCAGAACGACAAUGCCAUUGAGCAGGAGGAAGCCAUGGCGGCCAAGAUUGCAAAGCUAGAGCAGGAUAACAACGAGUGGCGGCAACGGUAUGCCAAGAUCAAGGCGCAGAACAGGCAAUUACGUGCAUCGACCAUGGGACUUGGUCUGCAGACUGGCUUCGACUCUGGCAGUCUCGUGAGGCAGGAGGGCUUAAUCUCCGAAGGCGGUCUUGUGCGGGACACAGAUGUCGCCCGGUUCCAGCUGUCUGUGGACGAGCUGCUCAAAGUCGCUCGCCAGAGCAGCACAGAUGACAUGCUGGAGAGUGUCAAGGCCGUUGUGGUCAGUGUGCAGUCCAUCACUUCGGCUGUGCGGACAGACGGCUACCCAUCGCCCGCCCCUUCACCUCUCUCUCCCGAGACGAACAUGCAGCACGCGCCAAGCGCCAGCAAGCUCAAGGCUCGGGUGACCGGCACUGCCAACAGCCUCAUCACCGCCACAAAACAACACGCAGCCUCGCAUGGCCUUUCACCAGUUGCUCUUCUGGACGCUGCUGCAAGUAAUCUCACCGCCUCUGUCGUGGAACUCAUCAAAGCAGUGCACAUCCGCCCCUCGAACAGAUCCGAAUUCCAAGACCUCGAAGCAGCAGACGAAUUAGGCUCGUUCUACGACAACAGCCUGUCUCCCACCACAAACCAGGAUCCGCAUAGUCUGAUGAUCCCCGUCCCCACCAUCGAGACAACGCCCAGCAAGGCAGCAGCCGGAGAGUCAGCGCCGUCAAAAAAAGGCUGGUUCGGCUGGGCAGGGAAAUGGAAUGAGAAUUCGCCCGUCGACCAGCAACACUCUGCAGCCAGCGCGACUAAUGGCAUUAUUUCGGAUGAUAGCGAUGGCGAGUAUGAUCCGUACCGAUAG